AUGGGAUACGUCUCAGAUGCUGGGGUUUUGUUUUCUGAUGCCGAGGGUGAACUUCAGGUAACAGAGCGUAUCAAGAGGUCUGGCCCAGUCACGGCCCGAGUCUGGAAAACUGGCCGCCCGACUGUUGGAAAUGUCAGCGUUAUCUACACAGCCCUUACACGGCGCGUCUCGAGAGAUACAAAGAACGGUCCUGCUCUCGACCUCCGGGUUGAUCAAGGCGGGCUGAUCGGCUCGGGCAUGGCCUUCUUGAGAGCACCGCCGAACGAACCGGAGGUGACAAUCCUCACGACUCUCCGCUGGUAUCUGUCCAAAAGUCCCCAGGGAACGUUGGCCGCAUGGUCGAUGGGGGACGGCGAGGGUCCUUUCGAAAUAGCGACCAAGAGCCUUGUUGGUAUUGCUUCUGGUGUGCAGGAGGCGUACUUUGCCGUGGGGCCCUUGCAUCGGAUGACGUCUCCCGACGACUACAUGCAUAUAGACGAGGCCGAUGUCUUCAACAUGUACUGGCUUGGCACUCCGACAUUUGACCCUUUACCGCUGGGAACGCGCCUUCAGAAACUGUUCCGAGAAAUGUCUGCUUUCUUCCGAGACAGAGGGAACAGCUAUCGCAUAUUCCUGCGGCACAACCCAUUCCGGGGCUCAUUAACAGGGACUGCACUCCGAUGA